UUUAUUGAAUUUAAUUGUUUUGGUACUGUAGAACAGAGAACAGUUUUUUAAACCGAUCACAACUAAUAUAAAGAGCAUUUUGGAUAUUUUAAAGGUAUAAAUGGCUGUUUGGCAAUCUCAAAUUCAAGGACUAUGCGAGAGCGUUGAAUAUCUCAUGCGACAAGAAUGUCAUUACGAUGUUACGUUUACUUUUGGAGAGAUUCCUAAUCAGCAAAAUGUCAGAGCUCAUAAAUUAUUUCUAGCACGAAAUAGUGUCUUCGAAGACAUGUUUUAUGGCGGCCGUUCUCCUGAAGUAAGAAACGAAAUCCAAAUUACUGAUGAAAGAGUCAAUAUACGCAUCUUCCGAAUCGUGGUAAAGUUCAUUUAUACGGAUAAAUUCGAAUCGAAUCGAUUGAACGAAUUGCUCCAGAUAUAUUAGUUGCUUACAAAUAUAAAAUUUAUAAAUUGAUGACAACUUGUAGAAAUCAGAUUGUUCCAAAAAUAGAUGUAAACAACGUCUGCAUAGUUUUCGAGCACAGUUUCGAAUUCAACGACGAAGUCAUUAAGAAUUCUUGCAGAAUUCUAAUUUCUCAAUACACCGUACUUCAUUCUGAAAAUUUUAUACAAAUAUCUCUGGAUACGGUUAUAAAUAUAUUGAAAUUGAACGAGAUGAAUAUUCCAUCAGAAUCUGUUUUGUUCGAAUUUGCCAUAAGAUGGGCCAAAGAACAUAUUGCCAAAGCAAACUAGGACUCAUCAUCGUCAAAAGUUACAAGAGUGUGGAUGAACCCUCUACUCUCUCACAUAAGAUUCCUUACAAUGACUAUAGAAGAGAUCUUCUUCGGGCCAGAAACAUCUGGAAUAUUCAGAGAAGGAGAAAUAAUGAAAAUAUCCAAGAACAUAGCUAAUUAUGAAAGUGCCCCUUUACAGGAUUGGUGCUGUACAAAUAAAUUACGCAGAAAUUUCCCACC